AUGGUCUGUGAAAGUGAGCCAUCGGCAUUAAAGGGUGCUUUACUUUUUACUAUUACUUGGUCCAAUACCCGCCGACGUUGUCGAUCAACUCAAACGCUGUCUGCUGGCACCGACUCUGAUAGUGACAGUGAUGGAUCACCUCCAUGGAAAUCACCUCGGGGGCCUAAUGACCCGGGCGAUGGGGCAAGAGGUACAUCCAGCGGGAAAGGCACCCAAUCUUCACAGUUGCGUGGACCACCAGGUGCUGUUGGGCGUUCAUUGAAUACAUCUCGAUCUAAUCUCAGUCGGUUUCCUCGUCACAAUGACUCGCAAGACUCUAGAAUCAUGAAGAAGAGCUUUGGCGCGAAUGCAACGAUGGAGUCAGAAAGCGAAGAGUCAGGCUAUGGUGACACAUAUGGAGAUACACUAAACGCGCUGAGCGAGGAUCAUUCCUUUUUCAUUGAUUCUGAACAGCUUCACACACCAAUGACUGACAUUGAAUCUGAUGAUGAGUCCACUGGAACUUUCAUUAGUGGUGAAUUUAUAUCCGUAGAUUCUGAAAACCUCAUACAUGUAGGGACCCAGACUCCUGGUCAUGUGCGAACCCAGACACAAGAGUGGAACGAUUUCCGACAGACAAACACGACACAGACGGAGUUCUCUCCACGUGCUGUAGGAAUGCAGACAUCUACUACAUCACUACAUUCGAUUGGAGCCCAGACUAAGAAGCUGAGCGGUUCACGAAUUAAUCUACUGAAAGGUAUUUUGUCAGAAGUGAAAAACAUCAAAAAGCAGCACGACUUGAACGUCUCACGAGAUGAAAUCUCUAUUACUUCAGACAUGUCGAUAAAUGGGGACAUAUUAGAUCAUCUGUAUUGCGAUUUAGCUAAUUUAAGAGAGGCAGGGGCAAAAGGUGAUGCUGCGACACAGACACAGAAUGAUCAGAGUUCACAAACAUCCAGACGGUUAUUUCAUGAGGUUGACUCUCAGAUGCAGGCUCGACAGUGCAGAAUGAAUGACAUGCUUGAUGAAAUACGGCGACUCAGAACUGAAAAUCAGAGUAUUGCACCUAGUUAUGCUCAGAGCAAAAUGUCAGACUUUGGUGUAAGAACUCCAUUUCAGUCAUCAAGUAGAAACAUGCCAGCAGAACUUGACUUCCAUCGGUCAUUUACUCAUCAGCUUCAAUCACCAGUAAGGUCUGCGCGAGAACAAAGUAUUAAUCAUGCUCACUGGUCAGCAGUGGGGAUGGUUGACAAUUAUCCGCAAGCCGUUAGUGUGGGGAUGCCUGGUGCAAGUCGUCAUGUGACUCAGAAUGAUUUAAAUAACAUAAAUGAGAGACUUGACCGUCUUCAGAAAUACCGAAUGCCGUACCAAGAAGGAUCUCUUCCUACUUAUUAUCAGCAGCAUGACAUGGCAAAGCCACCUCAGACUCGUACAGUUGCAUCCCGAUCGCCAGCCACGCCACGUCACCGCUAUCGUGUCCAGGAAUUGACCAGAUCCUAUGAUGAUAUUGACAUUCUGUCAAGCGAGAGGCGCCGAAACAGAGCAGGGCAGACAUUCAGAGAUGGUGUCAUGGACAGGUAUCACUUGGACGACGCUUUGCUUGAAGCCACUAGGUCAGCGAGACAGCUGAAACGCAUGUCAGCGAAGAUGAAGCUGAAAUUACGAGAAGAGCUGAAUAGAUCGCGAUACUAA